GUUGUUUGUCUCGAGCGGAUUGAAAAACAGAGCCAAAUUAUUUCAAUAAAAUGAAAUUCCUGCUAUUUAUGGUCUCCUGCGCCAUGCUCUCUCAAUCCCACACACGAAGCAUUACAAAAGUCGCUAACACAGACACAGCAACAGCAUUUGGUCAUGACUAUCAUAACUCAUCGAAGAACGGUUAUGGUUAUGAGCAACCGAAAAUUCAAUUCAAUUAUCCAAAAGCCGACAGCGCACACACGAACUACAAAGCAUCGGAGACAAUUAAUUACCUGAACUAUCAAUCAGCACAUUCGAAGCUAAAACCAGUCGGCAAUGUGCCUUUGCGAUUGCUAUUUCAAAUACCCAAGAUGUAUGCUAGCAAGCCCUAUAAACACGAGAAGGAUCUGCGUACAAUUGUGGAGGAACGCGAAAUGCGACGACCAGCACCACGGCGUUUAGUGCCGUACACUGAGGUAAUCACGUACGCGCUGUAAGAUUUAAUGCCGACCGAAAGAAAAUUGACAGCAGUAAACAUUUUACUAAACUACCCAAUGAAAUGGCUAAACAAAUAUUCAAAAAAAUUUUAAUAAUUUCUUUUUAUUGACACG